GUGGCAACAGUUUUGCUUAUCACUUGCUGUGCUUAUCAAUUGUUGUGCGACUUGACAAACUAGGAGGGUAAUAUCAAGAUGGCGUGAAACGUGUUAGAGAGAUGGUAAAGUCAGAUUGUGAUUGGCUGAGAACUCUGUAGGUUGUCAUAGUUACCGCAGGGUAUGAAUGGUUUAAUGUCCGGCUUUUCCCGUUUCCUUAUGAGCUACUUGCAUCGGGUAGCUUCUAACGCGCAGGAGGGAUCUAAUUUUUCUUUUUUUUUAAAGGACUGUUUUAUCUAGUCUGAAAGCACUCUAUCGACCGUUUAUUCAUCUUCCGAGUAAUAUUUGAUAUUAUUUCACUUUUUUAUUCGGAUGUGUUGUUGAACUGGUAUCCGCAAAAUCGUGCUGCCUUGUGUGGAUGUCAACUAUAUAUUACACUCUACUGGCCAGCAUGCGGCGCUAGUGCGUUUGUCUAGUUUUGUUGACGGAAGUUCCAACGGAAGUAGGGUAAAGUAGCGAUGGUGCGGCUGAAGUCGAGGUAUUUACUGUGUGAAGUCAACGUGUCAGACAGGAGCCGCCUGUUGCUGCUCGACGACCGAGCAGUUUCAGCGGCAGUGAAGGCAGCGGUGGCCCGCACACAUGGGGACUAUGGAGCCGCUCUGUGCAGCAUUAGAUUUUGUGUUAAAUAUCUGAAUGCUCACACUGGAAUAGUAUUUCUACGUUUCCCCAAAAGAUGUUACAAACUCCUGUGGUCAGCAUUGCCUUUCAUUACCAGUAUUGAAACUCGUGGGCAAAAAAUACCUUGCUUUUUCAACUGUUUGCAUGUAGGAGGGACAAUUAGAACGUGUCAGAAGUUUCUGAUCCGAUACAACACCCAGCAGCUCCACCGAAUGCUUCCUAAAUGUAAAAGCGAAGAAGAAAAGCAGCAGGUUCGCGAAGCCAUUCUGAGCUGCUCGCUAAUAGGAGGCAGCAAGGAAGCAUUUGAAGAGGAAUCGGAGAGUGAGGAGGAAGAAGAGUGACUUCACAACAUGUUGGCACCUAUGUUUGGGUUCUAGGAUGCCUGGUUGUGGUUGUUUUUGUUAUGUGACUGAAAGAAAAGUCAGAGUAUGAAGCAUUUGAAGAAAUGGAUACACAACUGCAAGAGUACCAUGCAGCAGCUUCUCAGUGCCUUUGUUACUUUAACAAUUUAUACAUAUGCUCUCCUGAAGAGUCAAACAUUUUAUAUUGUGUAAUUUAUUUGUAUUAGUACUUAGUUUUGCUAUCAUCUUUAUUUUGUUUAUAAAUUAAAGCCCUCUUUUGAAAAUGCUGUAUUUGCAACAUUGUCCUAAGAUUUAGUUUCAACCCCUUGCUCACAUAGACCAUCCAGACAUUAACAGUAGUCAAUGGUAUAUUUGGUAUAUUUGGUAACAUCAUUUUAUUAAGAAUAUGCCAUUCAUUGUACUUGUUUAUGAGAGCAUCUUUCUAUAGCGUGUGUUGUUACAGCUGGGGAACAUAACAGUAUACAAAAAUAUGGACAGUUUAGACUAGAAUUUAUUAAUCCCUUUUGGAGGAUUCCAUCAGGGGAAUUAAAGAUUGAAAUGGAUUGAACAGGUAUUCGUGUUGUGUG